AUGGCCAUUCAUAGUUUGGCUAGUGGCCGAACAUUGGCUGGAGCAUAUCGGCGAUUCAUACCUCUGCUGCUAUUCAUACCCAAUCUGCUAGACUUUCAGCCAUCCGAUGAAUUUUUCUCUGCUUUAACUUUUGAUGAACCUUGUGAUGUGCUGGAAGAGCCCAAUCAUUCCAUUUUUCCGGUAGUGGAUUCGGGAUUCCAGACUUUUGCAACUAAUUUGGCCAGUUCACUCAUCUUCCAGAACUAUUAUGAAGCCAAAAAGUGCGUUUAUCUUCUUUCCUUUUUCGACAGGCUUAUGCACGUCUUGCUCCUCCUCCUUAGCCUCAGCCUGUUGGUACAGCAACUGGUGGAAUGGCACUUGAAAACGCAUCAUUCGACCUCUUCUGCCGAAAGGACAAGAAAGAAUUCGGCCUCAGAGACAAGAGGCAAAUCCACAACAUCGAAUCUCGGCAACCUUGAGCGAAGUAUGACUAUGGUGCUAGACGAGACGACGAAGCGUCUGUACUCGAAGGAGAAGCAACAAGAGGCUAUCUAUCCGGUGAUCACAUUUUGCAACAUCAACCCAGUCCGUUUUGGCCACAACUUUGCAGAUGUUGUAGAUCCUCUAACUCUUCGUCCUUCGAAAAGCAAAGAUGUGGACCAAGAGCUUGAUCAAGAUUUAGCUCUUGGCAACGGAUCUGGCUCCGAUCUGAUGACUACAAAUAAUUCUAAAAUGAUUGACUGCCGAUUGUACCUCUUACAUCAAUUAGCAAUAUUAAUUAAUAUAACAAUGUGA